GUGUCCUUUGGGGAAGAGGAAUCAGGGGCAACAUCAAAGUCUUGAGAUGUUUUUUCGGAAACGCAACUCGAACUGUGCCAAGCAAAGAUGAAGGGAAUGUUGGGGCCUCAUGCCCAAUCUUCUAACCCUAACGGAAGCUUAAAGUACAAGCUCUAAGCAAUGAUGAGUACGAUAUGCCAUUUCCCAAAGGAAUUACCCGCAAUAUCUCACUGAUCUCCGAAGAGCAGGCACCGCAUCCUCACAGUACAUGUAGCAAUCUCUGUGAACCACUAAUCUCAGAAAGCUUCAAGAAGUGUCUCUACAUGUGAUAUUCCUGCGCAGUUUUCCUGUGUAUGUCUUUGUUCUCGUGGAGGGAGCCUGGACUGGAUUGUGGCAUGUGGUGGGGUUUGGGGAAGGAAGAAGUCACAGCAAGUUAGUGAGAGCUGGGGUUGUGGUUGGAUGUCGGAAGGUGUGUGAUAUAAGAUUGACUGCGCGUCUGGAAGGAGGGCGGAAGAGAAUCUGUGGAGUUGAGUCAACCUGAAGUGGCAACUCGUGAAGAACCAGUAUCUGGUGAUUGGUAAGGUAAAGUUGAGAGUUUAAAGAGUGGGGAUCGUGACGUGUGAGCGAGGAGUGUACGUAGCUGUGAGACGACAGGUGCAGUCGCUAGAAUUCGUGUUUCCAGUUAGGUAUAUCUAUUUGUAUUAGUUUGGCUCCCUGUCUUGGGAAGGAUCGGAGAGAAUUCGUCUUUCCGGUGCAUUGUGAGGAUCAUUGGAGAGGCCGGCUAUGUGAAGUUGCGUGUCUGGAGUUGGUUUUUGAUGCUUUUCGGAAUCCAUAAUUAGGUUUGUGGGGCUGUGGUUACCUUAUUUGAAAAGCCCUCCAAUUGACACGUUUUCCCUCGGUUUCUGGAGAAAGAUAGUUUUUUUUCUCUACAGAGAAAGAAUUUGCUUCUGUGGGAGGAGCAGGCCUUACUGAUUUUAGGUUUACAAAGAAGUGCGGCUCAUUGUCAGAAGGAAUUGAGAUGAUAAUGUAGGACUGCAUUAAGGUCGGAGAUUACGUCAUUUGCAAGGCAUCUCUAGGUGUGCAGAAGAAAGCAGGCGCUGUGGGAAUACAUCUGGGCGGAAGGUUAUGAACGGGGAGCAGAUAGUGGGGACUAGGGUUGGAUCAAGUGCAGAGGAGAAGGGAGUAUGACAAUUAGGUUAUUCCUUCGGUGACCCAGGAUACUCGGUAAAAGCGUCUCAUUUCCAGGCCAGCACGGUUUAUUUGAGUUCUUAACUAGCUGGCAAGAUGGACCUGACCUCCAUUCAAGAGGUAUUCGAUCGUGUGGCUAAGAAACAGAAGCUGUGUUGCUCCAAGACACAAGAGGUAAUUGACCGAACACUUCACGAAUUCGAGGCAGCUGUAGAACAUUUGGAUGUGACUGUAGAUCGCUCACCUGAAUUUCGCAAAGGAAUACUCACGGACCUUCAACUAAAAUUGACCGAAAUUGCUCCCGUCAACCAGGUAGGAGCUUUACAGAAAGAGCUCAACACAACUGUUAGCAAAUAUGGAAAAAUGGUGGACAAGGCUUUCAACCCAGACAUUGCCAAAGCGUACAGAGAGGUUGAAUCUGAUAGCCAUUUGAUCAACCAAAUCAUAGUUCAGCAUUUCUAUCGCAUGGGGCUGUUUGAAUCAGGCGAUUGCUUUGCCAAGGAAUCACAAGAACCUAAUGCAGCUGCAGCGUUGAAGGUUCCCUUCUAUGAAAUGUAUCAAAAUUUGGGGCAUCUUCGCGAGAAGAAUGUGGAGCCUGCGCUGAGUUGGGCAAGGAGGAAUCGACAGGCCUUGGAGGCCAAGGGAUCUUCAUUGGAGUUUCGAUUGCAUCAACUACAGUUUCUUCACGUGCUUAGGACCAAAGGGCGCAUUGAAGCGCUGGAGUAUGCGAAACUGAACUUCACUCCUUUUGCUGCUGAGCACAUGUCCGACAUCCAAAGGCUGAUGGCUUGUCUCCUUUGGGCUAACCGAUUGGAAUGCUCUCCAUACAAAGACCUACUCUCUCCAUCUCAGUGGGAUAAAGUUGCCUUGGAGUUCACAAGGGAGUCCUGCAAUCUCUUGGGUCAGCCAUACGAAAGUCCACUCUACGUGACUCUUUCCGCCGGAUCCCAAGCCUUGUCGUCCCUGCUGAAGCUCGCAACUGUCAUGUCUUCCAAGAAACAGGAAUGGGCAGCUCUGAAACAGAUGCCAGUCGAAAUCGAGCUAGAUAAUUCAUUUCAGUUCCACUCAGUGUUCGCGUGCCCUGUUUCGCGAGAGCAGAGCACAGCCGACAACCCUCCAAUGCUUAUGCGCUGCGGCCACGUUCUUUGCAAACAGUCUAUCCAAAAGCUUACCAAAAGCAAUUCAAGAAUGUUCAAGUGCCCCUAUUGCCCUUUCGAGACGUCAGCCAGCCAAUGUCGGCAAAUCUACUUCUGAUGAGAAGGCUAGAAUGAGCACUAAAUAUUGUGUUGAGGUGCUCUAGUACAUUUGUUGCAAAGAAGGGGGUGAUAGGCGAGGUUCAAGAAUGCCAGUAGUUGAAUCGUUGUACAGAAGUUCGUAAGGAUCCAUUGCAAGCUUAGCAGUUGUAUGGUAGAUAUUGAGCUCUGAUGAAUCUUGAUUGAUGCACAAUGUGUUCAGUGGAUAUGAAAUGCCUCAUUUGAUUAGUCAAUCACAGAGCUGACAAAUGAAUCAGAAUUGCUGUGUACCAGUUUAAAUUAAGCAGUUGAAAAAAUGUGUACAGAUUUGUAUAUCACAUGCACUCACAAA